AUGUGUGUAAUUCUCCAUGUGGAUGGGAAAAGGAGGAUUCUAAAGUCUCUAUUUUUGCAGAAAGACAAGCUGAAGAGUCUUCUCGAGGCGACUCAUGCUCUCAAGAUGACAAUGGAUGAGUUUGAGGACAAUUUAGUGCGAUCAAAUAUGAAAAUGAAGACUCAACUUGUCACCAAUGGAGAUCCAACACUGUCGCCAGACAGACCGAGUGGCAUUGACGCGGAUGUCCAUCCAGUUGUCGUGUCCUUAUUCCUUGUUCUCCAGAAACUCCUUCCGCCUCCUUCUUACGCCGAGGCUCUCAAUUUGUUCCGAAAGGCGCGAUCCUCUCCCAACUGGCGACAAAUUGAGACCUCCCUUCCAAAUUCAUGGUUACAGUUUGGCGAUAAGAUCGAUGAGAACAUUAACAAACUAACAAAUUCACCCGCUUCAUUAAUAACAUCUCGAACAGAGUACAAAUAUUCGCCGGUUACAGUAAGUGCAUGCUAUGAAAUGUCAGGGAAGGCGCUUUUGCUUGGUUGGAGAAUUUUGCCGAACAGCCAGAUUAGCGGAUUUGAGAUUUCCGUUGAUGGUGUCCUAGUGAAACGAAUAAAUUCUCCAACUCGAAAUGUGGCGCUUCUCCCAGAUGUUGACCCGACAGAUGAACAUCUAGUGACUGUAAACGCUGUACCCCUCAUACCAGGUGAUUCUCGAUGGAUUCCCGCCCAAUUUAUCUACCGUGCCGUGUCACGAUCGUCCAGCUGAGGCAUGAUCAAAGACUUUUGCAUUGCAGCCGGAGAAUGAGAUUUGCAAAAGAUAUGUUGUUUAGAAGGAAGAAACAAUCGUGGUUUCUGCUGUGCCUUUUUCUAGUCCAAAGUAUAAUUAUGCAGUAAAAUGUAUCAAAUAUAAUUGUAAUACAAAGAAAACACACGAAAGAAGUUUAUGCGUAUAAAAAAAAAUCACAAAACAUUUAAGUUACAAAAAGUUUUGCAAUUUACUUGCUACAUUGAUAGGAAUUUUUGCCUUUAGCAGAUAUUACUUAUGAUAAUGCAAUUCACUUUAAUUCUCUCUAAGCAAAUACAUUGUGUAGUUUUUAUAUUCCCAAGUACAAUUUUAAUUGAUAAUUAUAUACAAUUUGCGAGUAGAUGAACACACGUUAUGUUUUAAGAGAUUUUUUUGUCGUAUAGAUGAAAAAGAACACCGAAUACUGGCAUGUUUUUUAUUAUUAUUAUUAUUUUGAACAAAUAUAAUCAAGUUGUGAGCUUCCAAUGUUGUAAAAAAA